AUGACGAUGCCCAUUGGAUCUGUGUCCGAAACGAAUCUCACACUUUCGUUUACCAAUAAACGUACGUUUGCAUGUCCACACGCCUCAUCGUCUCUGCGAAGCGGCCAUUCCACCGCCGAUUUAUUGCCACAAAACAUUGAUAUUGUUGCUGCAAUGGGCGAUUCUGUUGCGGCUGGAAAAGGUUUAUGGCUUAAUCCUGAAAUUGAGAUGCGCGGCGCGGCAUUCCCAAUCGGUGGUGAUACUGAUAUUGAUGAAAUUAUUAGCAUUCCCAAUGUAUUGCGACAAUUCAACAGUAAGCUGGAGGGGCAGUCGCAUGGUAUGGGAACGAUUGAGCAAUUACCACAGUCACAGAUGAAUUGCGCGAGGAGUGGCGCCCAGAGUGCGGAUAUGCUUGAGCAGGCAAAGGAAUUAGUCCGUCGUCUGCAAUUUCAUUAUGGACCAAGGGCAAUAAGGAGCAAAUGGCUGUUGAUAAUAAUCACCGUUGGCACCGAUCAGCUAACAGCUUGUCCAUUUGCUUAUUACCAGUGUUACACUGCCCAUUGGCAGCGAUGUGAGUGCGCGCGAUCGCAUUCUUCAGCCUCGAUGAAAGAGCUUCUGUACAGUUGGAAAGAUGUUUUUUGCAAAUUGGAAAAUCUGUUCAACAGAAAAGAAAAGCCCACUUUCGCUCUCAUAGCAUUACCUUUCGUGGUAAUGCCUGAUGGCGACGAUCCGAAUAGUUUUCUCAUCCAGAAACAUUUGCUGCUCAACAGUCCUCAAUUCAAAAGUGAAAUAUUCCAGGAGUGUCCAUACUUUCGAACACAGGCCAAUAGAGCAGUAUGCCGGUUGGUUUCAUCGCCUCAGCUUUCAUCGAACGAUUCGAUCGCAGCUUUGAUGACACUACGGCGCCAGCACAUGAGGCAGCAUCUACUUCUUGUGAUUGCAAUUAUCUUUGUAUGUGCUUUAAUUUCCGUAAUAGUUUUUGGCACCAUUUUUUACAGGAUGGGCCUGAAAGCGAAGAGGUCUCGUUUCGAUGUUUUAAAAGGCGUCUAG